GUUCAAUUUUGACCAAUGAUAAUAAUGGAAAAAUAAGAAUACAAAGUUAGCACCGAACAAACGAAAACAUCAAAGAUGAUGAUGAUGAUAGGUCUUCUUCACUGCAACUCUUACUUCCCCAUUCAGCUAAAUUCAUCUUCUUCUCCACAAAUUAAACCUAAAAUUCGCCCCAUUUCCCGCUCAGUUUGCAAACCCAGAAACCAAACAAUCCUCGGGAUAGUUAAUUCUAGCAAUAAUGGGCGUGACCCAGUUAAAGACCCCUCCUUUUUUGAUGAAAACGGCGCCGUUGAAGAUAUGGAUGGCUAUCUCAAUUAUCUCUCCCUUGAGUAUGACUCCGUUUGGGACACCAAACCUUCCUGGUGCCAACCUUGGACAAUUGCACUGACUGGAGUAGGAAUAACUGGUGGUAGUUGGCUAGUUUUGAACUCCGUUGUAGUUACCUCGAUAGUCGCAACUUUGAUUUCCUUGUGGUGGUACAUUUUCCUCUACUCUUAUCCAAAGGCAUAUUCAGAUAUGAUUGCCGAGCGAAGAAAGAAGGUAAAAGGUGGUACAGAAGACACCUAUGGCAAGCAAACAUGGCAAUGAAAUCGAGGGCCACGAUAGAAGAGCAAGAACAAGCAUCAUUAUAAAAGGCUAAUAUAUACUUUUCAGGUUAAAAAUGUAUUUAUUUGGAUCUCAUGGUAAUGUUCCCACGAUAUUAUGUAUUAGCAAUUUCUCUUGACAAAGUUAAAAACGCAUUAUUA